AUGGCAGCAACAGACCAAUCCCACAAACCUUCUCCUACCUCCCUCUUCCAAGUUUACCUCCGCCUGCGUCCUCCGCCGUCCCCCCUCGUCCAAUUGACACAACAAUCCCUCUAUCCGCUCCUUGCGCCCUCAGAACGCUAUCUCACAGUCGAAGCCCCUGGUAAAGAAUCGCAAGAUGGAAUGCCGACACACAUCACGAUCCAUCCGCCCAGCGACUCCCGGAAGCGAGCAGUGGAGAAGUUUGCGUUUACGAAGGUGUUUGAAGAGCAGGCGGAGCAGAUUGAUAUUUUCAGAGGGACGGGCGUGGUGCCGUUGAUCGAGGGUGUGCUGGGAGAAGGCAGAGACGGGUUGCUUGCUACAUUGGGGGUUACGGGGUCGGGGAAGAGUCAUACGAUACUAGGAUCGAAAUCGCAGAGAGGGCUGACCCAACUAUCUCUGGAUCUCUUAUACCGCUCCCUUGACACGCAGACGCUGCAUUCAGCAAACCAUCCGUCGUUGAUCGCAUCCCUAAAUGCCACCGACGCCUCAGAAGCCCAAAUCUUCUCUGCCUCAGGCUUCCUGGACAAUGUAUACGGAGACUGUCUGCAAGAGCCGUCCCGCUCGAGAGCCCCAACACCCAUGAUGGUAGGCAAUCCUUCUCGUUCGUCCCUCAAGGUCCCCCAUUCUUCAUUGAAGGUACAUCAUUCGACUGGUCCGAGAAGCCAGUGGUCGAUCCUGAGUCUCGAUGCUGGAACUCCUUCUCCCGAAGAAACAGACAGCUCAGUUGUCAAAGAGGACAAGGCAGCGUCUGUACCCAAUGCAGAGCAGACUCCCAAUCAUAUGAGCAGCCUUCCGUCCCAGCUCUCUGUUUGGAAACUCCCAAUCCCGAGGAUGACAAGAAAGCAAGCUAAAGUGCGGUUUGGUGAUAACCUACAGGACCCAGCCUUUACCCCUAGCGUGCCUAAACGCAAGCUUCCCCAACGACCUUCUGCGCUCCCACAGUUCCCAGACAUCAGCGACCUCGCCUUUUCUGUCGAGCCGAAUGCGGAAUACGCGAUCCUAGUCUCGAUGUAUGAGGUAUACAACGACCGCAUCUUUGAUCUUUUGUCGGUGCCAAGCAAUCAGAAAGACCUUCGUCGAAGACACUUGCUCUUCAAAUCAACCGAAGCAUCACCAGAUCGGAAGGUGGUUGCUGGCCUGCGCAAGGUAGUGUGUGGGAGCUAUGAAGAGGCGUUGAUAGUGUUGGAGACGGGACUGAUGGAGCGGAGGGUUGCUGGAACUGGAAGCAACAGCGUCAGCUCGAGGAGUCAUGGCUUCUUCUGCGUCGAAGUGAAAAGGCGGCCAAGAGGUGGCUUGUCAAACUCAUGGACCGGCUCUCAGCUGACUGUCGUUGACCUGGCUGGAUCCGAACGUGCUAGAAAUGCAAAAACCGCAGGAGCAACGCUGGCAGAAGCUGGAAAGAUCAAUGAAAGCUUGAUGUAUCUCGGCCAAUGUUUGCAGAUGCAGAGCGACAGUAACGAUGGUACAAAGCCGACCCUGGUUCCUUUCCGCCAAUGCAAGCUGACCGAGCUGCUCUUCUCCAAUUCCUUCCCCUCCUCUUCUCAUCACCACGCGACCCACACCACGCACCAUAGAAACGCCCAGAAGGCCAUCAUGAUCGUGACCGCUGAUCCAUUGAACGAGUUCAAUGCUACCUCCCAAAUCCUACGGUAUUCCGCUCUAGCCCGCGAAGUUACCGUUCCUCGCAUACCAUCGGUCUCCAUAGUGGAGAUGGCAUUCUCAGAGAUUGCUAGGCUGAAUGAGGAGGUCGAGAUACUGAAUGUGAAAUUGACGGAGCAAGAAGAGCGUAGGAGAGAAGCGGAAGAAAACUGGCAGAAGGCCGAAGAGAAGGCGGAACAGAUUGAGAUGGAGGUAAGGGAGGAAUGCUGGGGUGAGAUGGAGAGAAGAACCGCAGAGGAGAGGAGACGAUGGAUGGGGGCCUGGGGUGAAGAGGCAGAUCGAAAUGACGAGCACCUUGAUCGCAAAUUGGAGAUACUUACCCAGGGUAUCCAAAUCCAUGAAGAUGCCAUUGAUCAAGACACACGCACUACCGAGCUGGAAAACGAGAAUGAAGCUCUCCGUCGCAAGCUUGAAGCUCUUGAGCGUGAUUUACAAUGUCGAUCUCCAACCAAAGCACCGCGAAAGCCUCAACUAUCCAGUCCCAGCAAGGACUACGGACCCGCUGCGCUGGGAACAGCACUCUCCAAGUUCAAUGGCAUGAGCUUGAUAGAUGCAGCUGCGUACAAGGCACAGUCCCCUGGUAAAACGCCAGGGAAGAAGAUGAGAAAGUUGACAGCGAGGAAGUGGGACUUGAUGGACGAGAAUGAGAUGGAUGCUUUUGAAAACCACUACUGA